CGAAGCACAAAGCGUAUUAUUGUGAACAAUUUCAAAACACCUAUUACUGUCACCGUUUCUAAACAUUCAAACAACAACAAAAUAUCAUAAACGCGUUUUACCUCAAAACACAUAUAACCUUUUAUCACCCAGUACAUAUUCACAGUUUGCGGUGAACAUUCCGCUCGCAAGAAUCUUAUUUUCUAUAAGUAUUUAUGGUUCUAUAUGUCUGGAGCGCGCCAUGCGGCUAAAAAAGAUUAUGACAUCCCUCGCGAAGCGACAGCCCUAUAAAUCCUACUUACAUACCGCAUUCAACCAAAAAUACACCUUAAACAAACUGCGAUAGAGUUGGGUUUGAUUCCUCACUGGAGAUAGAUACGUCGUCACAAAUUCAAUGAUGCUCAGCUUAAUUUAUAGCCCGCUAUUCAAUAUCGAUCUGUAACUCCCGAGCGUAUGGUUUAUUAUCGUUUAGCAGCGAAGUCUAUCCUACUCGAAUAAAUCUAUAAUAUGAAGGCGGGAGCGUGGUGGGGUUAGCGCCGCCCAGCGCUCGCCAUGGCAGUGAGGUGCGAGCCGGCGCCGAAGGACCAUGUGUUGUAGUGUUGUGUUCCGUGUGUGAACGAUGGUGUUAGAAGGCGGGCUGCCGGCGCCGCUGCAACUUUACGCGGCGGCGGCGGCGGGACUCGCGCCGCGGCCGGCGUGGCCGCCGUUCCUGCCGUUUUUCGGCGUGCCGCCGCCGUUCCUGACGCGGCCGAGGCUGCCGCACCCGCUGCCGGCGCGCGCGCCGCACGGGCCGCCCAGUGAGGACAGCAAUGAGGAUGGCGGGAGCAGUAAAGGUGGCGUGGACGACGACGGCGACAGCGGCAAGCGGCGGCGCUCGCGCACCAACUUCAACUCCUGGCAGCUGGAGGAGCUGGAGCGAGCCUUCCUUGCUUCACACUACCCUGACGUGUUCAUGAGAGAAGCCUUAGCUAUGAGGCUGGACCUUAAGGAGAGCAGAGUUGCUGUAUGGUUCCAAAACCGACGAGCAAAAUGGCGGAAGAAGGAGCACACAAAAAAGGGCCCAGGACGGCCGGCGCACAACGCGCACCCACAAUCUUGUUCUGGAGAACCCAUACCGCCGCACGAGCUCAGGGCCCGCGAGAGGGCGAGAAGAAGAAAGAAGUUGGCCAAAGCGCUCGACCGCCAAGCUCGCAAGCUGCGCGCCAAGGGCAUCGCCGUCGACCUCGAGGCCCUCAAGGCUGAGUACCUAGCUCAGCACAGGAACAGUGGCCUCUACUCCGACUCCGACGGAGAUGUGGACGGAGAGGACAGCAUGAUCGAUGUCGUAGGAGGGGACUCCUGCCACGAUUCCGGUCCUGAAGACUUCUCUCUGUCCAGUAGACUCCGAGCGCCUGCACACGGAGACGCUAUCAACAACUCAGACAGUUCCACUUCAGACGCGCAUUCAGGGAGAAACUUCAGCCCUCUCCCGGACCCUCAACAGGCGUUCUUCAAGCACUUCGGACCUUCAAACUUCGAGAAAUUCGACUUUGACUCAGGCCGCGCGGUAUCUUUAGACCUCAGCGGCGGGAGUACGUCGGAACAAGACCUGUCGAAGAACGGGGCCAGAAAGCACAAUCCGUUCAGUAUAGAGUCCCUGCUUAAUACGUGAAAGUGACUUUGAAUAGUGACUAUAGAGGCUCUUAUUGCCCAGGUGUGAAGAGCCUGUUUACUUGUGUGAAUAGCGUUUUUGACGUUGCCCGAUAUAGACAAGAUAUCCAUUUCAUGACGAGUAAGUUCUAAUUAUAUGUACCUAUCUUAUAAAUAAAUAAUGUAACAAAGUAAUGACUGUUAUAUCGAACACACUUGAACUUUUGAUUGUAUUUGGAAAAGGGGUUUAUGUCACACUUUAUUGUGCAUUUAGAGAUAGAUACGUCUUAAUCUUACAUGACAAUGUUUAGGCGCCUAUUUCAUAAAUUAAGCGGGUGACAGAAUAAAUAUGACAAUUUGAAACGUGCAGCUUCCCUGGGACCCAGUGAUGUACCUACAAUCAAACAAAGUAAGGCGAGCAUAAUCAAGCCGUAGCAAUUGUAUAAAAAAUUUUAUUUCAGACUUAUUUGCCCAUAUUACAUAAAAUUACAAUAAAAUCAGAAUUGAAUAAUUAUAUGAUAAUUGUACAAUAAAAACAAUGAAAAUUAAUUAAAACAAAUGAAAAAUGUUGCAAUAAAGUUGAGCUCCGUUUGUCAUAGUAGCGUUGUAAAUGUCGAAUGAACACUGUCUUCUAUCACCUUCUUCAUUUUGAAAUAGCUAGCGGUUUUGGGAAAGCGCGUGUUUUGAUACAGUGGACAGGUUGUUCAUACCUGGACUCAGUAAAUUGAUGAAAAGUUUGCUUUAAUAUAUAACUGAUUAUCAUUAGUUCUACUCUGCUUCAGUAAAGACUUGAUAGAGCAGGCAGAGAUGCAUUUAAUUACCAUUUUGUAGAGUAUAACAUUGCUGUAAGAUUUUUAACAGGCGUUUACAGAAACUUUUGUUAAAACACCAUCGCUUUUCUUUUUUCCCUCCUACACCCUUUCAUUUUCGUACGUGAUUGGGCGUAUAAUAAGUUUUAGAUUUUUGAUGGAACAUAUUGUUUUCAAUGUACUACACACCAGGUAUUAAUAACUAAAAUUGAAAUUUAGAUAUCAUUUUGAUGACAAAAUGUGAGUUUGAUUGGUCUCAUGGUCUUAAUAAAAGUUUCUGAAAACGCCCAAAUGGUACUUAAAUGUGACUUAGACUGUAUCAAAUAAAGGUGACGUUCAGAUGUCAACUGCAGAUGCAUUACUGUCAAUUUACUUGAUAAAAUGAGUGACGUUCGCCGCCGCAACUGCCGCGAUUAUGACGUUCAUUCUGUCACUCAUUUUAUCAAGGAAUUUGACAGAUGACAGAGGCUACAACGCAGCAGCCGGGCUAGCACAUGAUUGGCGCGAUAGUAUCUCACUGCGAUAUAGACUACCAACUGUUUAAUUAAUACAGUUAGAAAAAGACGGGUAGUCUCGGCCCGAUUCGAACUUUAAGAUACGUCAAAUAUUACGACUAGAUACGAUAUGGAUUAGAUAUAUCAGUGUCAAACGUGACAUUUAUCAAACAAAAACGUCACUUUUGACACUGACAUAUCUAAUCCAUAUCGUAUCUAGUCGCAACAUUUGACGUGUCUUAAAGUUCGAAUCGAGCUGUCUAUCUCGCGGCGAGAUACUGUCGCGUCAAUCUUGUGCUUGGCCUGCAGGACAGAUGUAGCGCAUAAUUGUUUUCCUUGGUAUUUUCUCGGAAACGUUCGUAUUUGUCAUGCUACUUCAGUCAAGCUCAGUACUUUUUGCACCGAGACUGACUGUAAUAGCAAGCAUUCGUACGUUUCCGUGAAAAUACGAUGGAAAAUAAUUAUGCACUAGAUCUGUAAUGCGAUAACGUCACCUUAAAUAACAUAUCCAGUGUAAAAACUAGGCUAAUUGUAUUAUAUAGUUAGUAGUGUAUAUAGAAACCUAUUUAUUUCUCUUCAAUGUUAAAACUUUAAUCGGGGCAAUAAGUUAUAUUUAAAAAGGUUGUUGAUGUAGUUGUUUUCUUUACACUUUUAUAUUUUAUUUGGAAUCAAAAGAUCUGAGUUAAGGCUCGAACACACUGGUGCAUUUGCGUAGUAUUAAUCUUACAUAAAAAAUUAAAUCAUUUAAACACCCCCUAAUGCAUUAUGUCAAUAAAAUCCAUUUUAUACCAAAAAUAUCUUACAUUAUUUUUUAAAAGAGCUGAUAUGCUUCAAACUGCUGUAUCAAUUUUUAUCAAAAAUAGCUAAGAACUACCGCAAGGAAACUCGCUUUCAUGUAAAAAAACCGCAUCGAAAUCAGUUCAUCCAUAUCGGUUCAUCCAUUUGACAGCUGCCAGGCAACAGACAGACAGAUAUUGGCGACAAACAUAUAAAACCCCUCUUUUUUGUGUGGGGGGUUAAAAACGGGUUCUAGUCGCGUAUAUUAUUAUUUAUUUUUAAGUUUUCUUAUAUCAAGUGAAUAAGUAUACAAAUAUUAUACGCGAUAGAAUCCCGUGAUCCCGUCAUUAAAAUUUUGCAAAAUUUAAAAGAAAAUAAAAUAAUUUAUAAUUAUACAAAAUUAGAAUUUAUGAAAGAUAGUAGGUAGUUAACUGGUAACUGCAUUACCUAGGUUCCUAUUUACCUAAUCAGUUUAGUUUUUAAGUUGUAAGUACAUUGUAUAGUACAAAAUAUGUUGAGACUAUUGGAAUUAGCCACCGAAAUACUGCGCAAACGCACCAGACCGAGUCUAUCUUUUAACUACAUUGUAAGCGUGUUAUUAAUCUUCUAGAAUACCUCAAUACUUAACAUAUACUUAAUUUUAUUUAUUUCCUAGUUUUAGCUCAUAUUAUUUUUAUUUAUUGAAAUAAAUUUCUUUUUUCAUGUGCUGUUUAACUUCCUUUGGCUUGUAAGAAAGUUAAGUGUCCCUAUUUAUGCAGUUUUUAUAUUUAUACCUUGUAAAGUCUAGGAAUUUAACUUCAGUACCAUUUCGUUCCUCGUCACAGUGACAAUAGUAUGAGGUCCUUAGCGACUUUCAUAUACCGGGUGUGGCCUGUAACAUGAGCAAAAAAUUAAACUGUAGGCUGUACUCCUCAUACUGACCAACAUUAGUUCAGCGACUUUUAAAAAUAACUUGUGGUUUGAUUUUUAAUACACUUUAAAGUUUAUUCUAAGACGCAAUGUAUUGCGAAUUUUGUUAUGUUUAAGGCGUGACAAGCAAGUUCAAUCACAAUGAUAUGGCGUGGCGAUGGCGUCCAUUGAAGAUAAUAUUUAUUUUGUAUGAAAAAUAGCGAGUCUAAAUACUUCAUAAUUUUUAAAAGUUGUUGAACAAAAGUGUCCCCGUUUGAGGAGUUCAAUCUAUGUUUUAAUUAUUUGCUCGUGUUACAGGCCACACCCGGUCCGGUAGAUUGAAUUGAAUUGACACUGUGGCAAGGUACGAAAUAAUGUGAAAAUUAAAUUCUUUGACUGUACAUAGUAAAAUACUUACCUUAUUUUUCUAGAAGAUUAAAAACACGUUAAUUUCCGACCCGGUCAUAUCAUUUUUAUACUUACAGGUUAAAUUAAUAUAACUGUUAUUAAUAGUACCGAUACGAUCAUAUUAUAAUUAUUACGAAAUACAUGUGUGAAAUCUG